AUGGCUACAGGAAUCACCUAUCAAUCAAAGGAGGGCAAGUUUGUCCGGCCAGACAGUACAUUUCGCAGCUUUGUGUCAAGCGACCCAAAAUCCCAAUUCCCAGCCGAGGCGGGCAGAUACGUGCUCUACCUGAGUCCGUCGUGUCCAUGGGCCCAUCGCACGCUCAUCGCCAGGAAGCUCAAAGGGUUAGAAUCCGCCAUUGAUGUCUACGCAUUCCACCCUGUUAUGGGACCCGAGGGCUGGUACUUCAGCGGCGAGGAGGGUUCCCUGGCCGAAGAUCCGCUGCACCCGGGCUUCACCAAGAUCCGACAGCUCUAUCUCAAGGCAGAUCCCAACUAUGAUGGCCGGUUCACGGUCCCUCUUCUCUGGGACAAGAAGACGGACCAGCCCGUGAACAACGAAUCGUCCGAGAUCCUGCGCAUGUUUGCCUCGGAGUUUGAUGCCGUUGUGCCCGAGCAUCUUCGUGCGGCCAACCAGCCCAACGGAGGUCUGUACCCCGAGGCUUUGCGCAAGGAUAUCGAUGAGCUCAAUGAAUGGGUAUAUCGCGACGUCAACAACGGCGUCUACAAGGUUGGUUUUGCCACUACACAGGAGGCGUACAAUGAGAACAUCACACCCCUCUUCGCCGCCCUAGACAGACUUGAGUCUCGCCUGUCUGAUGGACGCAAGUUCCUCUUCGGCGAUGACUUGACGGAAGCGGACGUGCGCUUGUUCACGACCCUGGUUCGCUUUGACGCUGCGUACCACACUGUAAUGCAGUGCACUUUGCGCAGUAUCCGACACGAUUACCCGCUGCUACAUUUGUGGCUGCGACGGCUGUACUGGGACGACGGGCGCUUCAACGGCGCUUUCAGGGAGACGUCUCUGCUGGAUAAGUACGCCCGUGGGUAUGCGGAUUCGAGAAGGAAGAUCGUCUUGGGAGGUGCACCGCUCAUUGUCCCUGCUGUGCCAAAGGAAGAGGAGUUGAUUCCCAAGCUUUGA